UUUCGAGAGCUCGUGGCUCGGUUUUGCUACCUAGUACAGACUCCGACGCCAGUCUUCGCGAGUUUGGCGCGCUCCUCCCACAGCUAGCCUUGAGCUUCUCGAAGGGGCGCGCCCGCGCUGACUCGCGCCCCCGGCCCCGCCCACUCCGCUCCCUGCGGCUGUCCCUCCCUCCGCCCGGACAGCCAGCGGCGGUGGCAGCGGCAGGCUGAGGCCCCUCCUUCACGCCCUCCUUCUUUCCCUCGCUCGCUGCCAGGAGGAGCCGGCGGACGCGGCUGAGCCUUCUACGCUCUCCGCGCCAUGGCCGGCAACGUGAAAAAAAACUCUGGGGCUGGGGGUGGCGGCGGCGGCGGUGGCGGCGGCGGCGGCGGCUCCGGGGGCUCGGGCUCGGGAGGCCUGAUCGGGCUCAUGAAGGACGCCUUCCAGCCGCACCACCAUCACCACCACCACCACCACCACCACCACCACCACCUCAGCCCCCACCCGCCGGGGACCGUGGACAAGAAGAUGGUGGAGAAGUGCUGGAAGCUUAUGGACAAGGUGGUGCGGUUGUGUCAGAACCCAAAGCUGGCGCUAAAGAAUAGCCCACCUUAUAUCUUAGACCUGCUGCCAGAUACCUACCAGCAUCUUCGUACUAUCUUGUCAAGAUACGAGGGGAAGAUGGAGACACUUGGAGAAAAUGAGUAUUUUAGGGUAUUCAUGGAGAAUUUGAUGAAGAAAACUAAGCAGACCAUAAGCCUCUUCAAGGAGGGGAAAGAAAGAAUGUAUGAGGAAAAUUCUCAGCCUAGGCGAAACUUAACCAAAUUGUCCCUGAUCUUCAGCCACAUGCUGGCAGAACUAAAAGGAAUCUUUCCAAGUGGACUCUUUCAAGGAGACACAUUUCGAAUUACUAAAGCAGAUGCUGCAGAAUUUUGGAGGAAAGCUUUUGGGGAAAAGACAGUAGUCCCUUGGAAGAGCUUCCGACAGGCCCUUCAUGAAGUACAUCCCAUCAGUUCUGGGCUGGAGGCCAUGGCUCUGAAAUCCACAAUUGAUCUGACCUGCAAUGAUUACAUUUCAGUUUUUGAAUUUGACAUCUUUACACGACUCUUUCAGCCCUGGUCCUCUUUGCUCAGGAACUGGAAUAGUCUUGCUGUAACUCACCCUGGUUAUAUGGCUUUCCUGACAUACGAUGAAGUAAAAGCUCGGCUCCAGAAAUUCAUUCACAAACCUGGCAGUUACAUUUUCCGGCUAAGCUGUACUCGUCUGGGUCAGUGGGCUAUUGGGUAUGUCACUGCUGAUGGGAAUAUUCUCCAGACAAUCCCUCACAAUAAACCUCUCUUCCAAGCACUGAUUGAUGGCUUCAGGGAAGGCUUCUAUUUGUUUCCUGAUGGACGGAAUCAGAAUCCCGACCUCACAGGCUUAUGUGAACCAACUCCCCAAGACCACAUCAAAGUGACCCAGGAACAAUAUGAAUUAUACUGUGAGAUGGGUUCCACAUUCCAACUGUGUAAAAUAUGUGCUGAAAAUGAUAAGGAUGUAAAGAUUGAGCCCUGUGGACACCUCAUGUGUACGUCCUGUCUUACAUCCUGGCAGGAAUCAGAAGGCCAGGGCUGUCCUUUUUGCCGAUGUGAAAUUAAAGGUACUGAGCCCAUUGUGGUAGAUCCAUUUGAUCCUAGAGGAAGUGGCAGCCUAUUGAGGCAAGGAACAGAGGGAGCUUCUUCCCCAAAUUAUGAUGAUGAUGAUGAUGAACGAGCUGAUGAUUCUCUCUUUAUGAUGAAGGAAUUAGCUGGUGCCAAGGUGGAGCGGCCUCCAUCUCCAUUCUCCAUGGCCCCACAAGCUUCCCUUCCCCCAGUGCCACCACGACUUGACCUUCUGCAACAACGAGUGUCUAUCCCUUCAAGUGCGUCUGGUGUUGGAACUGCUUGUAAGGCUGCUUCUGGCUCCCUUCAUAAGGACAAGCCAUUACCAGUACCUCCCAUACUUAGAGAUCUUCCACCACCACCCCCUCCAGACCGGCCUUAUUCUGUUGGAAAUGAAAUCCGGCCUCAGAGACGCCCCUUGCCUUGUACACCAGGCGACUGUCCAUCCAGGGACAAAUUACCCCCUGUCCCGUCUAGCCGCUUUGGGGAAUCAUGGCUUCCUAGGCCAAUUCCCAGAGUACCAGUAGUUACCCCAAACCUUAGUGACCCCUGGACAGGGAGAGAAUUAACCAACCGGCACUCACUUCCAUUUUCAUUGCCCUCACAAAUUGAACCCAGAGCAGAUGUGCCUAGGCUUGGAAGCACGUUCAGCCUGGAUACCUCCAUGAAUAUGAAUAGUAGCCCAUUAGCAGGUCCAGAGUGUGAGCACCCCAAAAUCAAACCUUCUGCAUCUGCCAAUGCCAUUUAUUCUCUGGCUGCCAGGCCUCUUCCUGUGCCAAAACUGCCACCUGGAGAGCAGUGUGAAAGUGAGGAGGACACAGAGUAUAUGACUCCCACUUCCAGGCCUCUAGGGCUUCAAAAGCCAGAGGUGAAAUGGCCUUCAGAGACAUGCCAGAGUUUACAAGCAUGUGAUUGUGACCAGCAGAUUGAUAGUUGUACAUAUGAAGCAAUGUACCAUAUUCAGUCCCAAGUGGUGCCACCUGACACAGAGAGCAGCACUUUUGGUGAAGGUAAUUUGACUGCAGGCCAUGCUGUCAUUGACCCGGAAGAAUCAGAAAAUGAAGAUGAUGGGUAUGAUGUCCCUAAGCCACCUGUGCCAGCAGUGGUGGCCCGCCGAACUCUCUCAGAUAUCUCUAAUGCCAGCUCCUCCUUUGGCUGGUUGUCUCUGGAAGGUGAUUCCACAAACUUCACUGAGAGUUCCCAAGUCCCUGAGAGGCCUCCCAAGCCAUUUCCUCGGAGAAUCAACUCUGAACGAAAAGCCAGCAGCUCUCAGCAAGGUGGCGCUGCUGCUUCUGCUGCCACCACCUCACCACAGCUCUCCAGUGAGAUUGAGAACCUGAUGAGUCAGGGAUACUCCUACCAGGACAUUCAGAAAGCUUUGGUCAUUGCCCACAACAACAUCGAAAUGGCCAAAAAUAUCCUCCGGGAAUUUGUUUCUAUUUCUUCUCCUGCCCAUGUAGCCACCUAGCACAUCAUCUCCCUGCUGCAGCUUUAGAGGACCAAUGACCUGGGAGCUCUUACUCGAGUAGUACCUAAAGGGCAGAGAGGUUCCUUUGGAGACUUCACAAUGAAGUUUAGCCCUUUCUGUGGGAUAUCACAUCUGUGGUUCUAAGAUUGCAAAGUAGUAGUAGUGGAGCAGCCAGUGUGUUUUAUUUUAUUUGUUUUGGGAGUACAUUUGAAAGUGUCCUUCUGUCCCCAGUUAGAGAGAAUGUGGGUUUUUUGUUUCUUUGUUUUGUUGUUUUUUUAAUGGUAGCCUACCUGGGGAACAGUACAGAAAGCAGUAAGAGGAAUAUCAUGCUAUAAAUCCUAAUUGAGGAGUUGAGACUUUCCUGGGCUUAAGAAUGUGGUUGUGUAUAUAUGUUUGUCUGUGGCGGUGUGUGUCCUGUGAUUAUAAAAUUAACCUGCUGUCUGUGUUAACCCCAGGCAGGGGAAAUUAGCACAAGAAGUUUAGGAAGGAAUUUUAUUAAAACUUCCAUGUACUGUGGUAUUAUACCCAACCCCAGUGUGUAUUACAACUUCAGCACUCCCUUGUGGCUUGGAUUAUCAUAUGCAUGAAGUCAUGUAAUUUUAGAAUACCUCCCUCUAUCCUUUCCCUGUUUCUUCUUUCCUCCUCCUCAUUGGUGUCUCACAUUGGCAGUUAGCUUGCUAUGACCAGCCUUACUGAGCCAAGUGAUGUAUAGGAUUUCUUUAUUGUAUGUGAUGGCGUUGGUUUGCUUGAAAGGGAAGAAAAGGUCCUGUUGCUGUAUGAUUCUAGUCAUGUUUGAUACUAGCAGCUAGUACUAGCCACUCCAAAACACUGUUUCUGUAGAAACAUUGAAUCUGUUGAAAUAAGAUGUUUAAUUAUUCUAACUAUAAUGAGUGAUUUGAGAUAGAGGCCUUCAAAUACAUUCCAUGCUCUCUCCAGGAAAUAGUCUGUGGGAGUCAGUUGCCUUGGUACUAGGUAUGCUUGUGUCUGACGUAGGUCAUGAGUGUUUCUACUCAGUGGGAAGGGAAAAUCUUUGGUUUCUAGCAUCGCUUUCUGGCCUAAAUGCCAGGAAGCUUGAAACACAGGCUCUCUGCUUUGUUAUCCAUAAAAUGCACCAAACAGACAGUAAGGGUUCAUCUGUUCACUUUUUGUUCCCAAUGAAUUAAAUCCAGCUUAUAUGGGUGUCUUCCUGUGAACUGUGAACAUGAGCCAGGUUAUAUUUUCUGUAGUG